UACAUGUACAAUUUUGUAGAUAACACAAAAGUAAACAAGAUGUCUGAAAGCAAGCAAUUGGAAGCCGGUCAGCAGCUUGUUAAGAAGACAAUGGACGAGUUGAUACAACAGAAACAAACCACAGAAAAGGUUACCAUUCAGGCGAGACAAGAGUUCCGCGAACACUUUGAACAGAGUUACGAAGAAGAGUUUGAAGAGGAAACUUUUAUCGAUCAGUUCGGAAAUGAGACCACCAAGAGAGUGGAGUCGAGCAGCGAGAGCUCGGAGCACUCGAAGAGCGCCAACGUACAGGUGAAGGCGACCGGACUGAACGCCGAACAAGUAAAGGCCCUCACGGACUGCGCCAACGAGGCGGGUCAACUUGCGCUCGAUUCCAAGUCCGCCAAUUGAGCCAUGUGUCGUUUUAAAGUGCGUGUGGUGGUCUCAAAGAGUUAUAAAGACUGUGUCCAGUGUUCCUUUCUAAAUGUUAUCAUAAAUUUAAGUUUACUUUAAUAAAAUCAAUAAAUGUUUUAAUCGAAAA